AACGUUGAUUCUGCGUUUCUUCCAUCUUGUGAAUAUCUCGUUCAGCAUCAUCGCAUCGCAUGUCGAAUUGCAAUAAGUAUCUCGCCUCCGUCGCUGACGACAGCGCUUCCAUUUGAAAGAUUCUUCUCCCUCCCUUCCUAUCUCGUUGACGGAUUCUCACAUUAGAGUCUGCUGUGAGAUGAACGAAGUUACUCAAGGGCCCAGAAACCCUUCGUGGUUAAUUUACCUUCUUGGUCUGAUGUCCUUGCCGCCAAUGUUGUGGAUGUUUUUUUUCCUCGACUUGUGUGAUCAUGAGCGUGUGACAACAUCGCCAGUGUUUCUCGAGUCCACCACUGACAUUGUAUUCACGAGGCGAGUGGAGAGUAGCUCAAGUGAAACCUCGCCGGUCAUGUGAGACUAAGAAGUAUAAGUCCAAUCUUUAUGGCAAGUGUAUACAUAUAUCUUGAAAGUUCGACAGAUCGUGGGGCAUCCAUGGGGAUGACACUUCCACGGUUGGCUAAUCAAUCAAUGAGAGAUUACCCGCAAGAAGUUGGUGUUCUGACAGGUUCCAUCGGCUUAAGAAAGCUAGCCGUAAUUUGGUAGCGGGUGAAUUGGGGAUGUUCUUUGAUUCUAUUACUUCCUUCCCAGGUCCAAAGUCCUCUCUUUGUUUCGAGAAGCCAUUGAUGAUUGAGUUGCCCUCAUCAGCGCAGACAGCCACCGAGAUGUCGGUCCGUUUUCGUGUUCUCAGCGUAAGGACAAAAGGAGGGAUUCCGGAUUCCCACAUGACGUAUGGUGGUAUGGUAGUCUUCUCCUAUUUUAGGUUCAUAUACCUGUAAAUAACCCAAGACUCAGAUGCGUAUCCAACUCAGCGUUCUGUAGGACUGCACCAAUUUGUGGAGGCUUUGACGGAAACCUCGUACAAUAUUCUUGUAGGCAUGGGAAAAGUGUAAUCUCAGGGAUGUUUUCGAAGCGAAGAAUCUCACCCAUACGAUAAAGAAGAGUGCCGUGGUUACCCCACAGAUCUGCAAGUCAGCUGUGCUCAACGUCAUAACCGACUCAUCUGAGUCAUAGGCGAUCAGUCAGAGUCGAUUCAUGCUCAUCAACUUCUAGUGAUCACCGUUGGAAAUCCAGCAGCAGAUUGGAUCUACCGCCUGCAAGACUUGUCGUCGAUGAUAUAAAAACUCCAAGCAAGGAAGCAACCUCAUUUGUGAAGAAACGAAAGGGUUUUUAACCUUAUGGACCACUCCAUCUCCCUCACUCGUCGUUCCAUGAACUCUGAGUCACAGUUCUAGGUUUGCAAUACACUCGUUGUGGAGUUCCGAUAGAUAAACUGUGUGCUUUCUACAUUUUUGAUUAACCUCCUUUAAGUUUACUGCUGGCGGAAUCUCGACGGGUUAAAAAUAGUUUCGAAUAGAGUGCUCGGUGAGUUCUCCAUUGUGGUUA